CCUGUCAGGGGCAGCUGACAGGCAAUGCCCAAUGAAGGCAGGCUCCACCACAGUGAGCAUCUUCUCUGGCUUCAGCGUGUGCAACAUCUUGUCGUCAUAGUGCUAGUUGAGCCAUGUUUCGCAGGAUAUCUUUCCUCUGUUUCUUCAAAGUGGAGUGGGAUGUGUUCAGGUCACGGUGCUCUCAGAUGGACACACUUACCCGCCGUUGUCCCUUCCUGACGGUCGUACCGAGCACAGUGCUGCAUUCAGCCGGUCAGAGCUCGCUGGUGGGCUAUGCACUGAAGUGCCCUGUGAUGAUGGAGCUGGCGUCGAGGCCCCGGGUCCGGGAGCUCUCCUCUUCAGCCUCAGUGGCUUCAGUAACAUCACCAAAAGAAUCGGGCCAAACCCUCCCUCCUGGCGAGCAGCCGACCAGCUCCAAGUGCCCCUUCCUGGCCUCUGAGAUGGUGCAGCACAUCGACCUUGUGGUCAGGGAGGCCAGGCUAGAGCUCCAAGAGGAUGUCCACAAGAUGAACUCCGCCCGCACAAAUCAAUUGCCAGAGAAUUCAUCGUUGCUGGGCCUUAAAGAGACCAGGGCCCAUAAACCAACAGCUCCUGUGGUUUCUCACCUACUGCGGGACUUUCUGCCCAAAGCUAGCUUCUUCAGCUACGACAGCUUCUUUGAGAACAAGAUUGACGUCAAGAAGAGGGACCACACGUACCGGGUGUUCAAGACGGUGAACCGGCACGCCGCCUCCUUCCCCAUGGCAGACCAUUACUCCCAGUCUCCCUACUCCCAGACUGCCAGUGGGAUGAGGGGCGUGUCUGUGUGGUGCAGCAACGACUACCUGGGCAUGAGUCGCCACCCCUCGGUCCUCAACGCUGUCAAGGAUGCUCUGCUGACCCAUGGAGCCGGCGCUGGGGGCACCAGGAGCAUCUCGGGGACCAGCAAGUUCCACGUGGACCUGGAGCACGAGCUGGCUGACCUGCACGGCAAGGACGCCGCGCUGCUCUUCACCUCCUGUUUUGUAGCCAAUGACUCCACCCUGUUCACUCUGGCCAAAAUGCUACCAGGUUGCCAGAUCUAUUCUGAUGCAGGCAACCACGCCUCGAUGAUCCAGGGCAUAAGGACCAGCGGCGCCCAGAAGUUUGUCUUCCGUCACAAUGACGUGGGACACCUGCGAGAGCUGCUGCGGCAGGCUGACCCGGCCACUCCGAAAAUCGUGGCCUUCGAGACAGUACACUCUAUGGAUGGUGCUGUGUGCCCUCUGGAGGAGAUAUGUGAUACUGCCCAUGAGUUUGGCGCCAUUACAUUUGUGGAUGAGGUGCACGCGGUGGGCCUUUAUGGGGCCCGGGGCGGGGGCAUCGGAGACCGGGACGGGGUCAUGCACAAAAUGGACAUCAUCUCCGGCACACUUGGCAAGGCCUUCGGCUGCAUGGGGGGCUACAUCGCGGGUACCGCCGCCCUGGUGGACACAGUGAGAUCCUACGCCGUGGGCUUCACCUUCACCACCUCCCUGCCCCCCAUGCUGCUGGCCGGUGCCAGGGAGUCCGUCCGUAUCCUGAAGAGCCGGGAGGGCCGCGGCGUGCGGAGGAGCCACCAGAGGAGUGUGGCGCUGCUGCGGCAAAUGCUGACAGCCUCCGGGCUGCCCGUGGUGCGCUGCCCCAGUCACAUCAUCCCCGUGCUGGUGGCGGAUGCAGAGAAGAACACGGAGGUGAGCGACCUCCUGAUGUCCCGGGACCAGAUCUACGUCCAGGCCAUCAACCACCCCACGGUGGCCAAGGGGGAGGAGCUUCUGCGCAUCGCCCCCACGCCGCACCACACCCCCCAGAUGAUGCAACACUUUGUCGAGCGCCUGGUGGAGGCCUGGCAGGAGGUGGGUCUGGACCUGAGGUCUCGCGCGUCAGGAGGGUGUAACUUCUGCACCCAGCCGCUGCACUUUGAGCUGAUGAGUGAGAAGGAGAGGUCCUACUUCCAGGGCCUCAGCCACGUGAUAUCAGCGACCGCAUAACGUAACCAUGAUGAGGAGGAGGAGGUGGAUUAUGAUGAUCAUCAUCAUUAUUUGAAUUAUGUUGCAUCUUUCAGUACACAUCAU